CAACGUUUGCGUCCAGUGUGUCACGUGAUGUGAAGGGGCGGACGCGGAAGUGGGAAGCCGAAGGGACAGGACAGGACAACAUGGCGUUAUUGUUGAGGUCACUGGCUCGUGGCAGACAUAUUGUUUCAGCUCAUCAUCCAACUUGUAUACUUUAUAGACAUGCAGUACCAAUGGGAACAAGUGCCAAAGAUGAGAUGCAGAAGUUUUGGGACAAGAACACUCAACUGAAGCGGCCACUAUCUCCCCAUAUUACCAUUUAUGGGUGGUCAGUUCCUAUGCUGAUGUCGAUUUCUCACCGUGGGACAGGCAUUGCCUUGAGUUCAGGAAUCUCACUGUUUGCCCUUUCUGCACUGUUCCUUCCUGGUGACUUUUCUUCUCACCUUGACCUGAUUCGAUCCUUGUCUCUUGGACCUGUUCUUCUCUCCGCUGCAAAGUUUACCCUGGCUUUCCCAUUUACCUAUCAUUCAUAUAAUGGAGUGCGACAUUUGAUGUGGGAUGCAGGGAAAGGAUUCGGCAUAGCAGAUGUUUAUCGUUCUGGCUACACUGUCCUUGCCAUGUCCUUUUUGACAGCAGCAGUGCUUGCUGUGCUGUAGAUAGAUUCAGGAAGAGACAGAGCAUUCAAAUAUGAUUCAGCACAUGCUGCCUUUUUGCCCUCUUGGUAUACAUGGAAAAAUACACCUUGGGGAGGACAGAUGGAUAUCAUCACAUUAGUAAAUUCUGAUGGAUUUCUGCUGUUGUUUGCAGUGCGUGAAAAGCAUACCAGGUUGUUGCUUAGUUUAGUUGGUUUAGGCAAUGUUCAAACAUCAUGUGACAACAGCAUGUUAUAGAAGUGAAUUAAUCUCUUCUUUCAUAUGGUUGUCUCCUUAGUCCUGUAGUAUAUUAAGUAUACAUGUUGGAUAAUCUGUUGACGAUGAUAAUAGACAGUAAUAGCCAUGGCUAAAGAUAUUCCUGAUUUGGGUGUGCUCAAGUUUCUGCUGUUUAAACAUCAACAGCAUUUACCAAGGCAGUGUCUGAAAAGCAGCAGCUCAUAUAUUUUGCUCCAAUUCUAUAUUCUAAUUCUCUUCUAAACUUUUUUUUAAUCUCUCUCCUGCACAGAUU